AUGGUCGAUGUUUCUGUGCGGUCCAUCCAGGAAAUUGUGAAGAAAGCAAAAGCGCGCGGAUACAACCCUGAAGAGUCUCUACGGGUUAAGAAGGAGCAUUACGAAGAUGGUACGCGAACAGGGCGCCCUAAUAAGAAGAGUACUCCGGAUUCAGAGAAUUCCACAGCACAGAGUUCUACUACGGAUGGAGCUGGGCAUGAGUGA